AUGAGUAAUUCUAUCGAUGUCAGUCCUAAGGAUGAUGACUAUUUCUCCUCAGACGAUGGAUCGACUGAUGAUACAGCAGAUUCUCAUUUGGAUCUUCUUGGUAAAAGAGUCCGGAAUAAGAAGGGCGUGAAGCAUAAAGAUGCAUUGGAGGCCGAAGAGAUGGAGAAAGCCGAGCAGAAAGCUAUGGAGAUGGACAGACCAGCCGAGUUCGUUCCAGAUUCCGUUUCUCGGAUCUUUGGAUACUCGGACUUUAGUUUCUUGAAGCUCAAGCCUGAUCAUGCCUCUAGACCUUUAUGGAUCAACCCUGUGGACGGUCGUAUCUACUUGGAGAGUUUUUCGCCUUUAUUUGAACAGGCUCAGGAUUUUUUAAUUACCAUUGCUGAGCCUGUCAGCCGUCCAAGUUUCAUUCACGAGUACAGAAUCACUACUCAUUCGUUGUAUGCUGCAGUUUCUGUUGGCUUAGAGACUGAUGAUAUCAUCUCCGUGUUGAAUAGAUUGAGUAAGGUUCCAGUGGCCCCCAGUGUGGUUGAGUUCAUCAAACAGGCAACUCAUUCCUACGGUAAGGUAAAGUUGGUGUUGAAGCACAAUCACUACUUUGUCGAGAGCUCUCAGGCUGAUAUUCUUAGGAUGUUAUUACAUGAUGAGGUUAUAGGAAAGCUGAGGGUUCAUACCGGUGACUCUAACGAUGCAGAUUCUAAUGACGACGAACUUGAAAGGGUAAGCCCAGCAAGUGGUUUGGCUAUUGGGGCAAUUUCCGGUCCCGCAAACUCAGCAUCUGGCCCAUCGGGUCCAUCGGGUCCAUCGGGUCCAUCGGGGCCUGCGAAAAGCUCAGCAUCAGCCCCAGAUCCUACAGUCGAAGACAUCUACGAAAGUGUUAUUGGUGAAGGCGAUGAUGGUGAAGGUGAUCUCGAUACAGUUCAUGCAUUUCAAAUAUCCACAGCAUCAGUGGAGAUUGUCAAGAAAAGAUGUCAAGAAAUUGACUAUCCUAUGUUGGAAGAAUACGAUUUUAGAAACGAUCUUCGAAAUCCAAAUUUGGAAAUCGAUUUGAAACCUUCUACACAGAUCAGACCGUAUCAAGAGAAGUCUUUGAGUAAGAUGUUCGGUAAUGGACGUGCCAGGUCUGGUAUUAUCGUCUUACCUUGUGGCGCAGGUAAGACAUUGGUUGGAAUUACCGCUGCCUGUACUAUCAGGAAGUCAGCAAUAAUUCUAUGCACAUCUUCUGUUUCUGUCAUGCAAUGGAAGCAGCAGUUCUUGCAGUGGUGUACCAUUCAGCCCAAUCAGGUUGCUGUUUUCACUAGUGAAAGUAAGGAGAUGUUUACUGGUGAUGCUGGUUUGGUCGUAUCCACAUACUCAAUGGUAGCCAAUACAAGAAACCGAUCUCAUGACUCUCAAAAAGUGAUGGAUUUUAUUACCUCUAGGGAAUGGGGUUUCAUUAUUCUAGACGAAGUUCAUGUCGUUCCUGCUGCCAUGUUUCGUAGAGUCGUCACUACCAUCGCUGCACAUGCAAAACUUGGUUUGACAGCAACUUUGGUUCGUGAAGACGAGAAAAUCUCGGAUUUGAACUUCCUUAUCGGCCCAAAGCUUUACGAAGCUAAUUGGAUGGAGCUCUCGCAGAAAGGUCACAUUGCCAACGUUCAAUGCGCUGAAGUUUGGUGUCCAAUGACCUCUGAGUUCUAUCAGGAAUAUCUUCGAGAAAACUCUAGAAAGAGAAUGCUUUUGUACAUUAUGAACCCUACUAAAUUCCAGGCAUGUCAGUUUUUGAUCCAGUACCAUGAAAAUCGUGGUGAUAAGAUCAUAGUUUUUGCCGAUAAUGUCUAUGCUUUACAAGAAUAUGCCUUGAAGUUGGGUAAACCGUUCAUUUAUGGUUCCACUCCUCAACAGGAACGUAUGAACAUCUUACAAAAUUUCCAAUAUAACGACAAGGUUAACACUAUUUUCCUAUCAAAGGUGGGCGAUACGUCGAUUGACUUGCCCGAGGCCACGUGCUUGAUCCAGAUCUCGUCUCAUUAUGGAUCCAGAAGACAGGAGGCACAACGGUUGGGUCGUAUUUUGCGUGCCAAGCGAAGGAAUGAUGAAGGUUUCAACGCUUUCUUCUACUCCUUGGUGUCCAAGGAUACCCAGGAGAUGUACUAUUCUACCAAGAGACAGGCAUUUUUGGUGGAUCAAGGUUACGCUUUUAAGAUCAUCACUCAUUUACAUGGUAUGGAGAAUCUUCCUAACUUGGCCUAUUCUACUCCAAAGGAAAGAAGAGAGCUUCUUCAGGAGGUUCUUUUAAAGAACGAAGAAGCUGCUGGUGUUGAGUUGGGUGAAGAUUCUGAGAACUUCAUUGGCCAUGGUGUUUCCAAGAGGUUGAAGACUACCGUCUCUAGAGCCACUAAAAACCAGAGCUCGUUGUCUGGAUUGGCUGGUGGUGAGGACAUGGCUUACGUUGAGUACUCUAGGAACAAGAAUAAGGAGCUUUCAGGUGCCCAUCAUCCAUUCUUCCAGAAGAACUACUACAAGAAGAAGAAGAAAUAA